GGAGCAGCCCGUGGGACCCCUUGGCAGCCUGGCAGGGAGUGGAGCAGACCAAGAAGAACCCAUUUGUCACCUGAGCGCCAAGUGACAUCACAACUAUGUUCCCAGGCUGGCUGGCUCUCACCCUGCUGUCUGUGGCAUGCCUGGGUACCCAGGACUUCAAUGAGGAGCUUAAGAAGUGCUUUGAAGAUCCCCAAUAUGAAGAUCUGCUGCAGCUGGCUAGAAAUGGGAUAGGGCAGACAUCAGUGAAGAAGAAGAUCAUUGUGAUCGGGGCAGGCAUGGCUGGGCUCACUGCUGCCAAGAUCUUGCACGAUGCUGGCCACCAGGUGACUGUGUUGGAAGCCUCAGGGCGUGUUGGUGGCAGAAUAGAGACACACAGAGUUGCUGGAGUAACGUGGUUCAUAGAGCUGGGCGCCAUGAGAAUUCCUAUCAGCCACAACCUCACCCAGGAGUUCGUGAAGAGAUCUGGGCUGGACCUCCAGGAGUUCUACUCCAAUAAUGACCAGACCUGGAUGCUGUUCAAUGGUGUUCGGCACCAACUGGGAGACGUGAAGGCCAAUCCUGACCGGCUGGGCUACUCGGUCAGAGAUGAUGAGAAGAACAAGACAGCAGAUCAACUUUUUAAACAAUCCCUGAGGAAGAUUGAGAAAGAGCUGACCAACUGUAAAUGCAGCUGCCGCCAGGUGCUGGAAAAGUAUGACUCCUUCUCCACCAAGGAAUACCUGAUCAAGGUUGGGAACCUGAGCCGCGGGGCCGUGCAGAUGAUUGGGGACCUGCUGAAUGCAGACUCUGGCUACUACGAGGCCUUCAUGGAGACCCUGCGAGCCUACAUCAUCUUCGGGGAGUCCAGGUUUGAUGAAAUCACCGGGGGCUUUGACCAGCUCCCCCAGGCCUUGAGUGAUGCACUCUGUCCAGGGACUGUGAAGCUUCACUCUCUAGCAGAGAGUGUGGAGAUGUCUGGAGACUGUGUCCACGUGACCUACAGGACCUCAGACCCUCUGCAGCCCAGGGCACGCCUCACUGCUGACUUCGUGCUGGUGGCCACCACGGCCAAGGCUGCCCGCCUCCUCCGAUUCCAGCCACCCCUCUCCCUCGACAAGCAGGACGCACUGCGUUCAAUCCACUACACCAGCGCCUCUAAAGUGGUCCUGGCCUGCACACGGCGCUUCUGGGAGGACGACAGCAUCUUCGGUGGCAAGUCCAGCACUGACGGGCCGGCCCGGUUCAUCUACUAUCCCAAUCAGCGCUUCUCCGGGGAUAAAGGGGUCAUCCUAGCUUCUUACACCUUGGAUGAUGACUCCACGUUCAUGGCUGCUCUGGACCGUGACCGGAUAGUGGAGGUUGUCCUGGAUGAUCUCGCUGCUGUCCAUAACCGCUCCAAGGAGGAGCUCCGGGCCCUGUGUCCCUACUCCAAUGUCAAGCACUGGGGCCUGGACCCCUACUCUAUGGGUGGCGUUGCUUUCUUCACCCCCUAUCAAUAUAUGGACUAUGCCCAAGAGCUCAGCCGGCCAGAAGGGCGGGUCUACUUCGCUGGCGAGCACGUAGACCUGCCCCAUGGCUGGAUCGACACUGCCAUCAAGUCAGGCCUCAAGGCUGCAAAGAGCAUCCAGGAGGCUGUGAACUUGGCUUCGACAGAGAACCCAGAGCACACAAAAGAGCACAGCUCCUAAACUCUGUUGUAGCCAGCGUAAUAGGCCUCUUGAAUUUGGGUGAUUCUCCACCAGGGGAAAUGUCACCCCACUUUUGCUCACACUUUCACCUUUGCCCCCGAGAUGCUA